AUGGGUCUUGAGCAAGCGAGUAAUUCUGACACGUAUAGAAUUGAACUGGUACAAGAUAGACAUUUUCCCUUUGCUUUUUGAGUAUUGAACCAUUUAAAAUCAAAUAAAUAUACAAAACUAUUAAUGAAUUGCGGGAGCACAAAAAUCCCAGACUGAACGCCAUGACGGCGCGCACGCGCACCUCCAUAUAAUUGUUCAUUCUAAUUACUAUUCUUAUAUAAUUGUUCAUCCUAAUUAGUAUUCGUUUGUACUCGUAUUUUGGGCUCUCGUAUUUUAAGCACUCGUUGUCGUAUUUUAUCAGACAUAAAACGCUCGACUGCGCCUCGCGUUUUAUAUCUAAUAAAACACUCCUAUUUGUGCUCCAAAUAGUACUUAAUGUUCCGCAUUUUACUGUAUGUAUUCUUGCAUAUCAAAUCUCACCACAAAUUCUGCAACACCUCUAGAUUGAAGAAGUAAGAUGGUACAAAGGGCGUGAUUACUUGAUGUGGUUCAUUCUACAACUUUGUGGUGCAGCAAAUACCCAAUGGGAGGUGAAUGAUGUUCAAUCUAAAAUGUUACAGUAUUGAGAGAUCAAAACGCUUUUCUUCUUGCACUGAAUUCAUUGUUUCAUGCGGGAUAUGAGCUCGCAUCCUGAGACUGAUAUAUUCUUCGUUGUUGUGUCGAGUGUCACAAAUAAAAUGAAAAGAUCUUGCAUAUCUUGAUAUAUUGACUGACUACCAUUCAGGAUGUAUUAGAGCAACGACAUCAGUGCAUUUUUAACCUUUACUGGUACAGCAUGUCUUUAGCAAAAGUGUAAUAACUGUACGAAAAUUUUUGUUGUCGUUCAUUUACGCAAUCUUAUCAUUUAAUUUGUUGUUUGUCGCGUUUGAAAUUUUUUUUUCUUGUUUAGCCUUGAUUGCUCAUGUAAUUUUUGUUGCACCUAAGAUUGUUCUCGAAUAAUAAUGAAUAAUAUUAUUGGCCAUCAAAUAUUUCAAAUUUAUAAAAUAGCCCAUCAUUGGCAAAUUGUUGCUAAGCUGUCAGAUAAAUAUGUGUACACUCGUUUCUAGUGAUUUCGAUAUUUUCAUUUUGUAGUUCAAAGAUUUUGUUCCCCUAAUGAAAAUUAUCGAAUUCCUUUAUCCAGACACCAAGGUAAGAUUUUUAAUUCGGUUCCUGUAAUGAUUGUUUCCAUUCUGGCGUCUGUGUGGUUUGGAAACUCAUUAGAAUAACAAUUUGACUCAUUAUCUAUUCAUAAAUCUAGUCGUUCACCGUCACGUGCGUUUUGUAUUUUUGCCCAACUAACGAAUAGCAAUGUCUUAAGAAAGUUACCUAUCCAUGACUCGAACGAUAGGGUAAAUUGGAAAAUGCUAUUGGUGGAUUUGGCAAAAAUACAAUACACACGUGACGGUGAAGGACCAGAUUUAUGAAUAAACGUUGACUAACAUAUAUAAUGAGUUAUUGUUAUUCUAAUGAUAUUAAAGAUUACAUCUAUUCUAUUUAAGUGCCUAUAUCACUUGUGGGAAUUUUAUGGAUUUGGAAAGAGCUUAAAAAGUUCGUCAAUAAGUUCUAAAGCUUUUUGGCGUCUACUGGGACAGUAGUCGCCAUAUGCUGUCCGCAAGAGGUUUAGUUAUAUGGUUAUAUCCUUAUAUAUAUAUAGAGUGGACGGUUCACUUCUGCGAACAGGCUCUUUGAUUAGGCUAAAGCCCGCGCAUCUACGAAAGUUUCCGAACUGUUUACGAUAAAUGGUUUUAUCAAUGCCGGCCGGCCUUGAGAUUUCCGACGUUUAUGUUAUAAAGAACUCCGCGAGUAUUUGAAGUAGAAAUACGAAAAUAUCACCAAAAAUUCCGCUUGAAAAUACUGUAAUCCUGUAUACUCGAAAACUGUAAAAUAGUCAUAAAAUAAAAACUAGCUAUUCUCGAACAAUGUAAACUAGCCAUACCAUACCUAUAAUAUAUCAAUACAUUCGAACAAUGUAAACAAUGUACGAUAAUGUAUCACUACGAUAAUGUAUCACUAAGCCAUACCUUUCGCCGAAUAUAGCUUUGGCCCCUUUCAACCUAUCUUUUUCGUAAUAUUCUUGUUCGAAUCACAAUCGAAGACACUAUUUAGAGUGUUAUUUUCAAGUUUGUAUCUACAGAUUUGCAACUUUUAUUUCGUUAUUUCAGAAAAUCUAAAUUUUACGCGAGAGCCUCGACCUGAAAUACAGCUUGACAUAAUAAAACAAUGCGAUGUUUACAUCCUGGCACUCGGGAAACGUCGUAAAUUCUAAAGGUCAAAUUACCCUUUCAUGUAGCGUGAUUUUCACGUGCAUCGGGUCUAUGGGACGCGCGUGCCAGUAACAACCCGAUAUUCUGAAAAAUUCAAAAUAAAUAUUUCUAGUCCGCCGUAUUCAAACGAAACUUUCUACACGAAAGCGCUUGAAUACAAGGGAUAUUUCACUCCUAUUGAUUUAGUCUGAAGAGUUCAGAAGGUAUUCAAUUUUUUCUCCAUGUGAAGUACAAAAUGUCUGGCCAAGCAGCAGGGCUGUAAAUGCGUUACUGUGUACCCGUUACAUUUGAAGUAAUUUUAACGUGUAAUUAAUUACGUUUUUAGAAAGUAACGAAAAACGUAAUUAAUUACAAAAGCAAGGAACGUGUUCCUUUUCCAAGGAGCAAAUUGAAAAUUCCUUUUCUUAUUCUGUUAAAAAUAAGAAAUAAAAAAUACAACGUUACGACAAAACUUCAGAAAAAUGGUUGAAAUAAUUUUCAACGAGAUCACAUGACAUGAUAGCCUACAUGAAGUACUAUUUAUUGCGAAAGUGGAACCACAAUUUGUUCCGAGGCCCAGAGCGCCAAGUAUUGGCAAAUAAAGUUUUAAGUUUACAUGCUUCGAUUUGCAUGUUAAAUGUUUUAAUAUAUAGAAAUAUCAUCUUGAUAAAUUCUUGCAAAUUUCAUAUUUUAUACCGUUUUAUUUACAACUAUUGUUUAAGAUAUUGUAUUAUAAUAUAUUAUAUAGUAACAAUUUGCCGGUAAAGGAAUUUGUAAUUAAUUCCUUUUUUCCGGAGUCAUUUUUUCAUUAUACUUAAUUAAAUUUUAGAACAAGUAAUUGUAAUCAGGAAUUUAUUACAUUUUAAAGCAAGUAAUUGUAAUUGAAAUUAAUUCCUUUUUAGUGGUAAUUUUGCAGCCCUGCCAAGCAGUGAGUAAAUAUACGAAAUAUGACGGCGUUUGACUCACCGUUCGAAAGGUUAUUUUAUCAGGAUUUCAACGGGCCGAGAUAUUUUAAUCUUUCCCACUACAAAGUCGGAAAUGUAAAUAUAAACUGGACGGCAUUGACAUUCUUUGUUUUUGAUCCAGCAGACGCCAUGUACGCUACAGCGUACCUAUUUUUUGACUUAGUGCAAUAGUUUUGAGGAAAAAGGCCUUUAAACAACGAAGUGUUCCUGAGUCCCAGCCUCCUGGGGUCUAAACACGGCUAUUGAAUUUGGCCUUUUUCGAAACUGUCCAUUGUGCAUAAGAGCGUGGGACUCAGGAACUGUAGGUAGUUUAAAGGCAUGCAUCUUCGAAAUUAUUGCACUAAAUCAAAAAAGCUUUUGAACUUAUUAACUAAAUUUUUACGCUCUUUUCAAAUCCGUGAAGGUUCCACAAGUGAUAUAUGGGCACUUUAAAGUUGCUCACAGUGUGCGGACGUUUCUCUGAUACGGAUAGGUCUUCAAUGCAGACAUCUCCCUUACAGAUACGUUUCUGCAAUACGGAUGUAUUGUAAUAACGUACAAUAUAGAUGUACAAUAUAUAGAUGUCCACAAAGAGAGACUUGGAGCAAGUCUACCAUUGCAGUCCAAUUUUUUCCGUGGAAACUAUAGGAUCCAUUUGAAUUGUGCCAUCCUGUCAAAAAAACAAAUGUCACUACCAAUUUGUUAAAAUGAAUUGAAAUAUGAAAGUAUAAAUGUAAGUAAGAAAUAUGCAAGUAUGUUUUAACACGGACUGUGAGAAGGUAAUCAAUGAUUUUGAACUUGCUUUAUCGUGAAUGUUCAAGUGUAAACGUUUAUCAAUUAAAACGAUUCAAAACACAACUUAAAAUAAACAAAUCUCAAUUUAAAGAUGAUGUCCACUCCGUUCUGCGCAUCAGUUCUGCUCAUAACAAAGGGGACCCCCAGAUAUAAACAUUAGAGACACCUCUCUAUAGACCCAUUGCACUGACGUCACAAAUCCUUAGAGUGUCCUCCAGAUGCUUCCUAACAAUAUCUGUUCGGGUACAACAACCACACACAGCGCAUAAAUUAACCAUUUUAAUACAAAAUUAUUUUGCUUACAAAAGUUAUGUUAUGCAUAGAUUGCUAAUUUGUCCUCCAGAUGCAUCGUCACCGGCGCUGUGACGUCAUGUGCAAUGGGUCUAUUGCGGACAUCUCCCUAAUACGGACAACGGACAUCUCUCUGAUGCGGACAUCUCCCUAUACGACAGCCAUCUCUUUAUUGAGGAGGCCUCUCUAAUACAGAAACUUUUUUAAUUAACAUGGACCCCUCAACUCUCUAGCUGACACUGCAGUAAUACGGACAGUUCUCUAUAAUACGGACAGUGUGGUAUUUUAUAAACCUCUAUAGCAAGGUACCUCAAACAUGCUAACCUUUUCAUUACGGAGAUUAUGGUGAUCAGCAUAAAGUUGCCAACAUGAAAACUGACUACAAGUGGGAUUCGUAUAUUCAGCGAGCAGACUUGACGCUCUGAGCUCCAUUUAUAUUUGGAGCGAGAACUAGAUUCUAAAACGUGAAGCUAUGUUUUUGUCUGCGUGGUUUGCAUGGAGUGUGCCAAUAAUACUCUGGUUUUAUGAACUGAUAGCUUGUUUAGCAAUACGGUCCAAUUAGGUGGGAAAACUGUGUUAAAACUUACUUCUUACAGCAUUCAUAGCUACUGGAUAUCAAUUCCGCCUUCUUGGUGUCCCUUUUCAUAUAAGCCGAAUGACUGAAGUUCUUGCUCUACCUAUUCUGCCAUCGAGUCAACUGGUUUGCGUCUGUAUACUUCUCAAGAAGAAAUGUCACUUUCAAUCACUUUCAAUUGGCGUUUCAAACCGAGAGGCCCUCAGAAAUUUCAUGUUGUUCAGAUGCAAACAAAAUUUAGGAUUAUAUAUGCGGGUCGAUUUUUUAUUAUACGUUUUGAAGGAUACGACAGUGUUUGCUAUUACAGGAGUAAACCUUGUAAUGAGUGCCUUAUAAUCGGAAACAUGCGCUAACCACUUCCACGAACACUCCUAUAUAACCACUGUUUUCUCUCUUUUUGUGUAGCCACUUCCUGUACCAGAUGUCAACAAUCCUUCGUUUAUGUUUUCCAUGGCUGUUGCUUGUCUUUGGAAUGUUAUCUCAACCAAGGUAUGUAUGUAUUAGCCUGCGAGGCAGGCUCUGCUUGGGCCUCGCAGGCUACGUCUUUUCCCCGUCAUUAUAGGAUCGCGUAAGCAUACAGCGUGCGUUUCGUCAAAAAUGACGAAUCCCGCACUAACUUAUAACUUCAACGCAAAUAGAAUCGCAAUUCAUUUACCCUGGGUUUUUUUAGCGUAUCCCUAACUCUGAUUCUAUCCCUAACUUAAAUGCCGACUCAAAUGUUUGUGAUGAAUAUCACAAGGUCACGCGAAAGAACCAAUUUACAAUUUGGUAUAUUGUUUUGGAUGGCAAACAUUUCAUGUAUUAAUGAAUAUUGAUUCAGGAUGGCGUAUUAUUCAUCUAUAAAUGAAGACAUGCGAUUAAACUAUAUUUUCUUUGUUUUCAGGCUCAAGGACAAAGUGUAAGCUUGCCAAAACCACGAGCUAUAACAAACCUAAUUUCCCAUCUUGAGUAAGUAAAGGGUGUUCUUUUUGUCAACCAUUUUCUCUAAUUUCAUUUUCUCUACAUCGGGAUAUCAGCUUGACAACAAACUUGUUAAAACUUGUUUACAUAUCUGUAACAACUUGCACGUGUGUAGCAGCAACGUAUAUACUAAUUAUGUUUGAUAUAGAAAUGUGUUCAAGCAUUGUCAACAUCCUGGUUCACUGGCUCGCACAGAUAGUCACACGGCUCUUCUUAUGAAUGCCUGUAAGUAUCCGGUUUCAUUACAAAUAUUUUAGACGGAAUCUCAGUCUUGUUUUAAGUCUAAGCCAAGUCAAAAGUCAUCUGGUCCAAGUUAAGUCACAAGUCAUUCAUUCCGAGUAACAAGUCCAGUCACAAGUCAUUCUGUACAGUUGCUUUACCAUGAACUAGGGAGUCCCUAGGCUCACCCAACGGCUGGAAUCUGAGCCCCGGGAGUCACCCACGACAAUUAUAUGUUAAAGUGCAUAUGACAUUAAUUUUUUUAUUUUAAAUAAAAUAACUCUUUAAGCUGUAGAGUAACUUAUUUUUCAGUUUCUUGUUUUUAUGGUUUGUUCCCAAGAUAUUUCAGUUUUGUUUGAUAUGUAAAUAAGUAUGAAUAUGUCUGCUAAUUUACGACGUCACUUUGGUUGCAAGCUCUUUAACUUUAGUUGAAUAUCACUGCUAUCAUCCAAGAUGAUAAUUUCAAACUUCACUCAAUGGUAAAUGUGAUGAAACGCUGGAGAAAAACGUGAACAUCAAUCUACAGUUUUUAGAGUUAAUAGAUUUAUAACCAGUGUAAGUUGAGCUUGCAACCAAAGUGACGUCAUAAAUUAGCGGACAUGUUCACACUCAUUUACAUAAUAAAACAAAUUGAAAUAUCUCAGGAGCAAACCAUAAAAACAAGAAACUGAAAAAUAAGUUACACUACAGCUUAAAGAGUUCUUUCAUUCAAGAAAAUAAGAAAUUUCAUGUCAUAUGCACUUUAAUGAAUGCAAAUCUAGCUGAAGCAAUCAUUGCAUGUGCAUCACUGAAUUUCUAAUGCAAGUAAUUGUAGAAAAGUUAAUUUUCACUUGACAUUUAUAUCUGUACGUUUGACUUGCGUUGGUAACAAGUCAUUUCUUGCAAGUCCAAGUCAUUUUGUUCGAGUCUAAGUCGCUGCAUGCAUGACUCGAGUCUACAACUCUGCUUUAUGACUCAUGUCUGAUCACAGAGCACAGCGCGCGACGGUGAAAUAACCAGUCAAGGGCUAAUCCCAAUCUACCCUCUCAAUAUUCCCUGUCGGAAGAAAGCGGAGUACCCAGAGAAAACCGACGACGACUUUCGUUGGAGCAUUGUCUGCAGCGAGAAUAGAACCUGCAAGUAUGUUUGGUUUUUAUCGCAUGCCAUUUCGGUAAAAAGUACUGAAGAAUUUACGCCUUUUAGUAUGUAAUUUCUUGUUUGGAUAAUGAACAUUUUAGCUCCCAAUUAACAUACUCGCAAACAAACAAACUUAGGCUUAAAUUGAAGCUAAAAAAAUUAUCUACAGUACAAUAUUCCCUUAUUCUUCAAAAGAGAAAAUGCAUACAUUUUGCGAAAACAUUGCCAAGAUUUAUAUAAACCUGCCCGUGCCGAACAAAUUUCGGCGGCCAUCUUUCUUCUCUUCCACUUUGAAUACAGAAUAUUCCAUUUUCACCAACAAAAAAUAAUUAUAAAACAAUUAAAAACAAUUAAUUUAUUUAGAUCUUCGUCUGAAAUUUGUUCAAAUCGCUUCAUAAUGACCGCCGCUGAAAACAUCGAUCUCGAACCCCCCUCCUAAACAUACGUCAGCAGGUGGGUUCGAGAUUGAACGCACCUCCUCGUAGCCAAUAGGAAAGCCGCUAAUACGCUAGGUAUGAGAUAACAGGUGAAAUGUGCUUCUUCCGACGAAUAUAUUUAUUAUUGCAAAAUUUACGAUCCUUGCUAAUAAUAUAUAAUGACUUUUAUACAGGCAUAUAUUACUAUAGCACUGAUAAAAUUGUGGUUUAUAUCGAUCGAAAGUUUUGUCACGACAGCCUUAGCAUCACGUUAUAAAUACCAAUUAAAUUCUAUGUUUAAACACAGCAAUCUGUAUAUAUGUUGGUAUGUAUUAAUACUUUUGAAAAUUUCUUGUUUGUAUUUAGAUCCAGCUAAUACGCUUGGUUUCGUUACUGACUUGUGGUUUGGCAAGAACAGUGCACAAAUGGGUAAUCAACUACCACCAAGUCAUUCCACUCCAAUACCUCUGGAACUACUGGAUUUGGUCACGUAUCCUGCAAAAAGAGGGUGAUUAGCAUUUUUACAUCUUUUGUUACUGGGAGAUUAAUUGGGAAUGUACCUAUGCAUGGAUAACUUGAUGGAUUGAAUUACAAAAGAAACAUCCAAAUAUAGUCCCAUGUUGAAAGUCAAUUUUUGCUCAAGUUCAACAGCAAUAUCUCGAAUUUAUCGCUUCCGCGGUAGCAAGCAAUGCAUAACCUAGACUUUAGCGGCAAUUUAUCAGCCUGAUGAGCUCCGUUUUAUGUGCGAAGGACUACAUGCAAAAGAUCAAUAACAGGACACCGUUCUGGAUAAAAUAAUGGCAAUGUGCAGGAGCACAAUGCCGAUUUAAUGAUUAACACAAAAAUAUUAAAUUACAAAUAAAUGUUACAAAUUUAGUAUUCGUGCAUAGCACAGAAAAGGUGUGGUGUUAAAAAACGCCCCAUAUACAAAAACCGCCAGUAACGUGUAUCGUAGGACGCAAAAUGAGGCAAGGGAGGGCGGGAGGGAAAGGAAAACUUGUGAGGAGGACUUGAAAACUUGCUGUGUGAAGCCAAAGGUCAAUGACCUUGAGCUGUUAACCCUGAACGUUUUUAUAUAGUAGGCCCAAGAUGCACGUGAAGCGUGACAUGGAAAUUCACUGAUGUGUUGCAAAAUUCCACGGGAAAUAAAACUGGUUGAACGAGUUUCCCUGCCAGGUUCCCUCCACAACCCCAUUCCGCGUGCUACCCCGAAUCCCUAAAUAUUCCAACAAAAUUCCCACGGAAGCAAUAAAUUGAUUAUUCGCUGAAGCAAAUAACUCCUUUAUUCCUAAUUAUAAUCCGACUAUAUAGAAGUGUUGAAUAGUGUGAGUUCAUUGCUGGCUUCAAAUCCAGUAUUAUUUUCUGAAUUAAUUCAUAACACAGAAUAAGUUCUGUAUUAUGAACAUAAAGUUGCCUUGUUUAGACUUUAGUAAACUUAAAGGACAUUGGCAAUAAAAAAAUUGUCUCAUUCAAAAGAACUCUUAAAAUUAUAGAUUAAACUCUAUUACCGAUUUGUCAUAUCUUGCUUUGUUCUCGAAAUAUUAGACUGGAAUUAAUGAGCCUGUCCGCCAUCUUGGACGAUAAUUCUUGAUCUCAUUAACUAUCGUUUUGAUGACGUCAGGAGUUGGGUUAACCAUAUAUAAAACUACUCUAAAAUGAUCGAGUAACAGUCCAAAAUUGUUUAAAAUGUUUUUAAUUAUUUCUAAAUUCAGACAGCAACCAGAAGCGAAGUUUUGGACCCAUAUUGAUCGCUUACUCUCAAGAUAAAAAUUAGCUUGACCCCUCUCUUGACGUAACAUGCAUAUCCUCAAUAAUCCAAGAUGGCGAACAUCUCACUUUUUUCAGUCGAAAUAAUUUGGUAUAUACAAUAUGUAAUAGAGUUUAACAUAUAUAGUUUUAAGAGUUCUAAAUCAAAUGAACUAAACUAAUUUUUUUAUUGCCAAUGUCCUUUAACGUUGAUAGUACAGUGCUGGAGAUUUACUAUGAACAUAUGUGAAUUAGCAUAAGGGACGGACUACCCAUCCCCCACUUCACUUUUCUAAUGCAUGGUCCGCCCCUAACCAAUUGUUGUUCAUGGUUAUGUUGCAAAUGAUUCAUGCAUAUUUUUUAUAGAUUAAUCAUCUAUAUUGGAAGUCUCAUUAAAGGGAGGAUUCCUAACACGACGUUAUCUUAUGUGUUAUUGGAAACAUACAGUCGAUUGUUGGCUGAGAACGAUAUCGGUGGCAUUAGAAAUGUUGUAGGUAAUGUAUGCGAUAAUAAAGCAAGAUUUUCUUGGCAUCUCACUCGAUUGAAUAUUAGUUGAAGGGUACUUUGCUCACUUAGGUGUGGUCACUCGUGUGUACUUUUAGAACAGAUCUAAUUUUAAAGUUUCUGAAACGUUCUCUGAUCGUAAAUUUUUAUUUAAAACACGAGCUUUCGACUGCCAGUCUGCAGUCUUCGACAGGUAAAGUGAUAUUAAAUCAUAUAAACUAUUCUACGGAUGUAACUACAAGGACAGUGGUUUACAAUUACAAUUAUAAUGACAUGCAAGAAACAAUGAGUAGUUCCGCCUACGUAAACUGUAGUGAAACGAGUAUACUUAUAAAUAUAAAGACUGGCAGUCGAAAGCUCGUGUUUUAAAUAAAAAUUUAAAGACUGGCAGUCGAAAGCUCGUGUUUUAAAUAAAAAGUUACUAUGAGAGAACGUUUCAGAAACUUUAUUAUGAAUCCUGGUCGCGCAUCUAGCAUUUUUAAGAUCUAAUUUUGUCUUCUCGUUGUAAGAAAUAAAUCGCAUUUCAAUGCUAUUUUCAACUUGGAAUCGUUUUGUUUUUAGAUUAAAAUUUGUAUGGGAGGGGCGAAUUUGAUAGGGGGGGGGGGCGAUAUUCCUAGGACAUCUCGCCCUCCGCACCCUAGCAAUAUUUCAGGGAUUUAAGAGACAGAACCGUAUCUCGCUAUUGAUUACAUUUUGUCACAUACGGACAGAAAGUACAGGCUGUAGCGAUCAAGGGUGACGGCCACACUGAUUGCUAUAGAAACGCUCGGUUUGUUAUUAAGUACAGGGAAGGUAAUAACAAAGUAACAAAGCAUAAACAUCAGCAUCCUGCCCAACUGUUGUUUUGUUCAUCGAUCUUUGAAUGAAGAUAACGCAUUCAGAUAUAGUGACGUCUCGUAUAGAUUUCAGACAGGUUGUCAUACAAUCACAACGGCAGCUUACAAGACGGUACCUUUGGAGCAUUAUGGCUUUAGAACGCCGCGAAACGGAAUUUACAACCUAGUUGAGUGGGAGAGCCCUCGGACUUUAUCAAUUGAAGAGUUUGCUUGCUACUUUCAUACAAAAUCAACUCAAAAUAUACAAGAAUUAUUGUUACUGGACGAAUAUUCUCACGAAAUUUGAAGAAAUGAAGCAGCUACAUUGUUAACGAAAGCGUACAGAGGUUAGUUUUAAAAUACCUUGAGGCCACUUCCAUAAUUAUGAAUUAAAAUAACAUAUCGAGUCCUUGUUUAUAAUUUGGAUUAAAAAUAUUUCAUUGUCACUUGUCUUCCUACUUUAAAACAUAUAAAACUUCUCGACAAGUCGCCUAGGAAUGCUUUUAACAAAAUUGACAUUUAAAACUGUUCCUUAUUAAAUUCGUAUAAUUAUAAAAGUAGCCUUAAGGUAUUUUAAAACUAUAAACCUCAUAACGCUUUCGUUCACAAUGUAGCUGCUUCAUUUCUUCAAGUUUCCUGAGAAUAUUCGUCCAGUAAACAGUAAUUCUUGUAUAUUUUACAGUAAGUUGAUUUUGUAUGAAAAUAGCAAACGAGGCUAUUAACGAGCUCGUGUUGAUAAACAAAGUCUAACCUCUGUACGCUUUCGUUCACAAUGUAGCUGCUUCAUUUCUUCAAAUUUCGUGAGAAUAUUGGUCCAGUAACAAUAAUUCUUGUAUAUUUUGAGUUGAUUUUGUAUGAAAGUAGCAAAACGAGCUCUUGUUGAUAAACAAAGUCUGAGGCUCUCCACUCCUUCAGAGUUGUAAAUCCCGUUUCGCGGCGUUAUAAAGCCAUAAUACUCCAAAUUUUUUGCUCAACAUUCGUCUUGUAUGCUUCUAUCGUUGUGAUUGUAAAAUUGGCCCGAUCGGAAACGUAGCCAAGGCAAAAAACGCGAAAAACUACCGUCUGUAAUACAAAUCUAUACAAAAGUGGGGCCCCAGAAUCGGGUGGCGGCCGGUGACUUCCGGCUUCACUUUUGUAUAUUAUAGAUGCGUUAUCCAGUCUUAUUUCAGAUCAGUGGCCUUGUCAAGUAUAAUUUAUUUGUUUUAUGGUGUCAGUGUUGAGUACAGUGUUCCACAUUAAACCUCACUGACCUCACAUAUAGAAGAGCUUCCUUAUCCACGGGUGGUACCCACAUAUAUUGCAUGUUGUACUUCCGGCACGAUAACCACGUAGUUUAUCGCACUACUGGACUUGAUCAACCAUAAUUCUUUUCCUAGGCGCUGUUCUUCCUCAUGUGUUCAAAAACAAAGCUUGGGGAAUCUUACACAACUUACUAGAGAUGUUCAGUUAUAGACUGCCGCUUAUUCCUCAAAACUACCGUGUGCAUCUUAUUUCUCAUAUACAUUCUAUUGCUGCAAUACCACACACCGAUCAAAACUACCAACUCCAUUUAUGGUAAGUAUAGACUGUGGAUUUUAUCUGAAACUAAAUUAACUCAUUUAUAUUGUUGAUAAGUCUAUCCAUAGUCUAUCGAAGGGAAAAUGACUGUGAAACUCAUUAAAAUAACAGUAUAACUAAUUAUCUAUAGAUGUUAGUCAACAUUUAUUCAUAAAUCUGGUCCUUCACCGUCACGUGCGUAUUGUAUUUUUGUAACCAAGUAACCAAUAGCGAUGUUUUGAGAAAGUUACCUAUCCGUCACUCGAACAAUAGGGUAAAUUUUUGAAAUUGCUAUUCUUUGUUUGCAAUCACGUGACGUUUCAUCCAAAUAACGGGCAAUCAAACUUUCUCCUAUCAGAAUGGUUGUAGCAGGAAAAACUGAACGGUAUUAAAUUCAUCUUUUGAGUCUUAAAAUGUCUCUAAACUCGAUCAAUACAUUAAAUAGCCGGUUUUGUUAUACCUGCCCGCCAACUGAAAUCACAAAAUUAUGUCAUUGCAUGCAAACAAAGAAUUGGUGGAUUUGGAAAAAAUACAAUACACACGUGACGGUGAAGGACCGUAUUUAUGAACAAACGUGGACUGAUAUAGAUAAUGAGUUAUAUUGUUAUUCUGAUAAGUGUCAGACCCAUCUUCACUUUGAUAGGCUAGGGUCUAUCAAUUGAAGACUGUCCUCCCUACAUAAAUGUCCAGUAAGGGCCAUCUCUUACCCGUAUACACUCAAACAAGUACCUCUAGAAAUCCAGGAUUCUGAUUGGCUACAACAACCAACGAGCAUUACGUAACGGCCCAGGGUUGAGGAGAAAGGUGGCGGCAAAUUUUGUUUUACAACGUGAGAGUAUACCUUAAGGGGUUGUUUAUAUGGUCCCGCUUACCCGGGAUUCGAUGAAGUGUGAACUAUUUUGAGCUGUUGAAAUGAGGUUCAUUAUCUGACAAAAUUGCUUGUUACAAAUUGUAUGAAAUUCCAUGUUUUCGACAAAAUACAAAUGUUGUUGAAUGCUAUUAAUCGUCUUCUUCCACUGCAUAACUUCUAGCGCGUUCCUAAUUUCGUUUCAACAAUAUUUAAAGUUAUCUAACUUUUCUUUAGGGCUGAAAAACGUAUUUCAGUUGCUCAAAAUGAUUCACACUUCAUUGAAUCUUGCUUAAGCGGGAUCAUAUAAACAGCCCCCAACUGAACUAACUUCUAUAAUAACUUUAUCCAUGCACUCUAUAUGAAUAUACUACCAGUUCUUAAUGGUUCAGUAUUUUAAUCACCUUAAUUGCAUGCAUUUUUUUGCUGUUAACUAUACUUCUCAUUUAUGUGAAAAAUAUCCACAUUAUUUAGCCUGGAGAGCACAGCAUUCCGUUUAAUCCAAGGUCUUGAAAACCAUGUUGUUGAAUCAUACUUCACAAAACAUGAAGCAAAUGUGGUAGGUUAAUUCAUACGAUAAUUUUUCGUUGCCUCCCUCCAAGUACAAGUAUAGGGGAGCGAAUGAGGCUGUAGUUGUACUUUUAGCGGAAUUUUUAAGGAUAUUUCUGGAAUUUGAAAAACGUAUUUUUAUUGUAGAACUGUUAUAGUAAAAGUUUAAUUUCUAUAAACUAAAUUAAGGUGUUUAUGACAAGAAAUUUUCAAAAUCGAGUUUAUUCUAUCAGAUUAAAAUUUGGCUUUUUCUGAUCAUCUUGAUACCCACUUUCUGGAAAAAGUUAUUGUUUAAUUUGGGGUUUCAAAAUGCAUGGUGCUCGCGAAAAAGGCCACUGCCAUAACUGCCACGCGUGACGUGAUAUCGAUGGGACAUCUAAGGUGGGAACCAUUUAAGCUGUUGUGGUGUCCCUGCCUUUUUGUUGUUGUCAACUGUAUGUUGUUGCAUGUCAUCUUUUUGUCCAACUGUAUGUUGUUGCAUGUCAUCUUUUUGGGAGGCUCGGCGUAUUUUCUGCGUUUCGAUAAGCCCCGUCUAGGUCUAUACCAAGUUUUUAAGCAAUUUUCCAUAUCGCCCAAUGUUGGGCUCAUAAAAUUCAAGCAUAUUAAAUGAAUGUAUGAUUCUAAAAUUAAACCAUCCUAGGUUUAACGUUGAACCAUCCUACGUUGCGCUGAAGCUUUCGCGUUUUGGGGUUGGACAGAAAUGGUUGGGUGUACGUGUUGUUUGAUUGGGUAAUUAUAGGCGAAGCUAAAUAAAUAAAACCACACAUUCGUAUACUGCUUAUAUGAUCUGGCCGCGUCUGGACUUCGGUGGCGCACUCGUCAAAAGUCAAAUUUGUGGCUUCGGUGAGACCGUGGGUUCGACUCUCGAUUCUGACUCAUGUGAAACAGUAAGUGAACGCCAUAGUAGAGUUCACUGGUCAACGCCUCGCCAAAAGUCGUGGGUUUUCUCCGGGUGCUCAGGUUUCUUUCCGCAGGGAAAGUUGACAGGGUGGGUUAGGAUAAACACAGUUAGGAAAGUAAUAUCUCAAUUGUUGUAAAGAUAAAUAGUCUAGGCCAAGUAAGUAACAUGAGCGUAAUCGGUCACUACAUGAUAAUGAUGAUGUAAUCAUGGUCACUGCAUGAUGUAAUCAUGGUCACUGCAUGAUGUAAUCAUGGUCACUGCAUGAUGUAAUCAUGGUCACUGCAUGAUGUUUUCGGUCACUGCAUGAAAAGCCCCAAUGGAGAGUGAGCUGAAUAAUAAUGUAAUGCAAUGCAAUGUAAUGCAAUGCAAAUGCAAAUGCAAAUGCAAAUGCAAAUGCAAAUGCAAAUGCUAAUGCAAAUGCAAAUGCAAAUGAUAUGGAAAUGGCAAUGGAAAUGAACGACUCGAAGUCGACGCCAUUUUCACAAACCGCUUGGGAUGCAAUCAACACGAAAACGCAUCAAGAAAGUUGAAAAACUGAUCAUUGAAAAUUUCGUGUUAUUAGCACUUUUAAAUUUGGUUGGGAAACUGCUAUAAUUGCUGAAUCUUCAAUUUUAAUGAUCUAAAACUCUAUUUAGCAACUCUAAUCUAUGAUUAUCGAUGAUUAUUUUAGCUUGUGUCUUCAGAAUCUGAAGAGUUGAACCGUAUAUUUGUACUGAACAUUGCAAGAGCGAUGCACAUUUCAGGUUUGUGUUGUUACAUUUUCAUCAUAUACCUUCUUGCUGAAAGUAACCGAAAAACCUGACAUGGCAACAGUCAAUGACAUACACUGUUCUUUUCAUCACAAGUGAAGAAAACGUCAAUAUUUUUUGUCCGUACUUAUGCGGCUUAAGCAUAGAUAUCUUAUGUACACUAGAUAGUGCAUAUAAUUAUUCUGCAAUUCAAAAAUUGAAGCCAUGAUUGCAGUCUCAGGUCGUUCCCAUAAAAUGAGAAGAUUCGUAUGUUUUCUAUUUUUUAAACAGGGAACUUAAACAUUAAGUUAACCCUAUUCCAAAUACAUUUUUAAACUAUUCGAAUGAUGAAAGUUAUUGUUGUUUUUAAGCGUUUAUUACUAAGUGGGAACGACCAACAUGGCCGCCAUUUAUUCAAAUGGAGUAACCGCUGGAAUAUUCUUGGCUUCAAUUUUACUAAAAGAGAUGCGCUAUCUAGUGUAUCUAAGAUAUCUAUGGGCUUAAGCUUGCUUUUUCGUACUGGGAAGGUUCAGUAAUAUGCGAUAAAGGAGAGCUGAAAACGCACGCGUGUCACAUUAUCUCAAUGGGUAUAACAUAGCCAGUAUUUCUAAAUUGAGAAAUACGGGCGAUCUCAACACGGAUGAUCAUCUGAGCCAUCCGGUAGUGCCUUAAUUUGAACCCUAAUCUAAGCCCGACUAUAUAUAACCUCUAACCUUAAUCUAAUCUUAAUCUGACCCUAAUCUAACCUUACGCUGACCCUAAUCUGAUCCUGACGACCUUUUUUAAAUCUAUUAUGCUGUAGUACAGUCUGUGAAAAUUCGUGUCGACCCCCACCAGCGCUACCCAGAUCUGGGUAGUUGAUUCUGAUUGGUCACGACUGAACUUAAUCGAUUCUGAUUGGCUGGACUUAAAUAUCAACGAAACUUAGACUUUGAUUUUCAAAAUAUGAUAAAUCGUUUGCACAGUGUCUUUCAUCUAUUGUGUACUACUAACCUUCUGACGAAGGGGCAAGGGCCACCUUCGCUUGAAACGUGAAGUGUUUCUAUUACGUUAUUUCAUCAAAUUUUCAGGAACAGAGCAGCACUCGUCUCAGUGGUACGAGUCUAUAUUUAAAACCAUUGUGGAAAAGACGCCAAUGAAGUAUGUAUUAGUUUCUAAAUAUAUUUGCUCGCUGAACCUAAACUUUAUCCACUAUCAUGCGUUAUAUAAUUUUCUGUUUAAUUCAAUUUUCUAUUCCAUUUUAUUCUAUUAUAUAUUAUUGUAUUGUACUUUAUUCAGCGUAUAGUUGUGUUGUGUUGUGUUGUGUUUUGUUGUGUUGUGUUGUGUUCUAAUAUACUGUAUUAGCCUCUCUUUUACAAACAGAGCCUGACACAAAUCUUAAUGCGGUCGCAACAAUCUAAUUAUAAUUCAAAAUGCGAAUUAUAGUAUAAUCUAAUUAGCACUAACCAAUCAAAAGACAGAUUAACAUUUUUUGGUCUGAUCGACCAAUCAUGUGGAAAGCCGGAUUUGGACUUUUUUUACAUGCGCCCAGACCACCACCCGCAUUUAAGGAAGGAAAACAUAGCCUGCACGCUGGUCGUAUACAGCAGUUUUUCUCGCAGUACCGCAGGCUCGCAUUUUCAGCGGACUUGUGAAAAAUUGAAACUUUUGCAUUUUGCACAGAACUGUCCACUUUCUGUAAGAUGCCCGCUGACAAUACGAGCCCGCACGAGUUGGAGAAAUUUUGCUAAGUUUGACGAACGUGCUGAUACUCAUGGUAAUACUGUACAAUAGUAUUUUUGAGCGACCGUGUUGUAUUGAACACGAACCGCAAGCGAGUAAACAACAUAAUAUAAAAUGUGUCAAUUCCUUUGCAAACUAGUUACAUGCACUGGUUGUUGUAAAAGACUAUGUGUUUGUAACUAAUUGACUUUUUAAUUAGAAUAGAUGCUAUAACUAUAAGCUCGUUAGUUAUUCAUAGACUAAUUACGUUGCAGUGCUGAUUUUCAUUGAUUUGUAUACGCAUGCAUUACACUAAACCUGUCCUAAUUUAUUUUUAUUUUAAUACAGCUGGUCAAAGCACACUCUAGAACAUUUUCCAUACUCUAUACAACAAUUCUUUACACAACAUACCGCUCCAAUGGAAAGUAAACCUGCUUUAAAACAGAGAGUUGAACAAGAAUAUAACAAGUUUAAAAGUAAGUAUUUAAAUUGGAACUAUAUCUAAUUAACAUAGUGCGUUUGCACUGGUCUCUUGCAUUGGGCUAUUCCAUUUAAUAUCCGUACCCCCCCCCCCCUGUCGAGGAUCCCUGGAAUUCUUCAGGGGUAAAGGGUUUUGAGCUUGGAAUUCUUCAG